AUGUAUGAGUGCGAACGAAUCAAUAAGCAAUUAAAUGAUUAUUAUUCAUUUGUUACCUCUAUAAUUCAUUUUCUUCAGAAAUUUGUAAAUCAAUUUCAUAAAUCAUUAAUAAAUUAUUCCUUUGUUCUAAAGCAUUUUCAUAAAAAAUCAACUAAUCUAUUGACUAAAACUAAUUCAAUUUAUGAAUCUACUCAACAAUUAUAUCAUGCGUUUUCAUCUCUAACACAAACAUUCGACGAUGAAUAUUAUCAUCUCGCACAGAGAACUUCAUUUCUAAAAGUCAUUCAAUUGACAAUUGAAAAUCUUAAACAGCAAAUGAAUUCAUCAAUAUAUUUAAAACAAAAAAAUAAAUUACAUAAAUAUACAUAUCGUAUCCUACGCUUAAAUCGUAAUAGAAAACGACAAUAUUUAUAUCAAUUAGUUCAACAAAUACGAAAACAUGACAAAUUAGCAUUGACUUCGAAAGAUAAUCUCGAUAACAUUGCAUUACAAACAACUCAUCUUUUGUGGAAGCUUUUUUCCUAUUCGCCUUAUAAAUUCAAUGUACAAUCCACCAAAACAUCUUCAAUUUCACUGCAUAUCACUGAUGCAAAUGUCGAUGUACCAUGUAUUGAACAUAGUAAAUCUAAUGAACGAUUGCCUUGCCCUAUUGAAGAAGUAGGCUCUGGUGAUCAGCUACAAGAAAAGCAAAUUAAAGGAACUAUACCACAUGAAUUCAACCAAGAACAAAGGCAACUAUCGAAUAGUAACAAUGCAUUAGUCAUACCAGUGCAUUCUAAAAUAAGUACCAAUGAAAAUCGAUCAUUUUGUUCUACUGAUAUUGAUGAAACAAUUGUUGAAAAAAAUCGACUAGACGAUGAGGAUGAUGAUGAAGAUGAUCGAUGGAUAAAAUUAGUCAUACAGAAUGAAAUUCAAUGGCAGAAAAAAGAAUUAUCUAUAUCAACAGAUCAAAGUAGUGACGAUAAUGAAAGUGUUAAUAAAGAACACAGAAGGACAAUUAACGCUAAAAAUUCAAUUCAUCUAUCUGAUAUAAGUUAUACAACAGAUUAUUAUUCACAAAAUGAAUCAGAUUGA